AAACCAUUCUAGCUGUAGAAACCUGUGAUUUCUCACAACAAAACAUGGCAGAAACUACUGCCUCUUCGAAAACGUUCGCCGAGAAACAAGCCGAACGUAUGGCGCGACUGAAGAGCUUGCACACGCAGCGCAACGAAGCUCGCGUCUCGAACCAUCAAGAGGUCAUUGCCGAGAACGAGCGCAAACAACUGCCUGCCAACUGGGAAUCGCGGAAACGGCAGGCCGAAUGGCUCACGGAUGAUCUGAACGCCCGCACGGCCGCUGAAGCGAAAGGGCUGGACUACAAUCGCGUGAAGAUGCUGAGUGUCUCCGCGGCCGAGGCAGAGCGCAUGGACAAACUGAAGGCGAGAAAGAAAAACAUUGACCCAGGCUUCUCCGACUACGAAGCGCAAACGGCGCGGCAGUACAACCGGCUGGUAAAGAACAUGCCUCCGAGAGAUUUGGUCAAGUAUGAAGCACAAAAGGAAAAGUACGGUGCCGCGUUCUAUGGUGGACCAAAUGUGGUUCUGCAAGGGCUGCACAAAGACACUCCCGGUGCGAUCGACAACAUGGUGAAGGAUCUUGAAGGACAAAUAGCCAAGCGGAAGAAGUUCUCCCGACGGCGCACCCACAAUGACGACGCUGAUAUCGAUUACAUCAACGAGAAGAACGCGCGGUUCAACAAGAAGCUCGACCGGUUCUAUGGCGAACACACGGUCGAGAUCAAACAGAACUUGGAACGCGGAACGGCUAUCUAAUACUGCAAGCAAUGUACGUCUGCCAAACAUUCUG